GGGUGUGCGUGCUGCCUGACGUCAGCACGCUGCCUAUGCCGUGCGUGGGUCGUGCUUCUACAGAGAUGUGCACUUUUCAUGUGUUUUUAGGAGCGUGUCCGUGCGCAUAACCGUGCCUGAUUAACCGUGUACGGGGGACGCGCACGCGGAGCCGGGGCCGCACUUUUGACGGGGGCCGAGCUGCUGAUGAUUGUGGAGGAUGAGGAGGUCCAGACUGGUUCUAGUCUUGGUCCUGGCCUUUGUCCUUGUGGUCUACCUCACGGUCAUCAAGCAACACUAUGACUCCCAUAAUGCAUUGCCCCUGAGACACCCCGCCCCCAAAGCUUUCCUGUCACCUGAUUGGCUGCUAGGGGGGCGGGUCCAGUUUGGGAUCAUGUUUGAUGCUGGGAGCACCGGGACCCGAGUCCACAUCUUCAAGUUCAGAGUGGACCACAACAAGAGCCGGGUCCCAGAGCUGUUGGAGGAGUUCUUUAAGGCGUUUUCACCAGGACUCUCGGCCUUUGCUGAAGACCCUCCCCAGUGCAGAGUUGGUCUUCUUCAGCUCCUGGACUUCGCUCAGACCAAAGUUCCGGUCCAGGUCCAUGGAUCCACUCCGGUUUUUCUGAAGGCCACAGCAGGACUCAGGCUUCUACAGGGAGACCAGGCCAACAGGCUCCUGAACCAGGUGCGGGCUGAGUUCCUGGCAUCUCCCUUCCUCUCCUCUGAUCAGAGCGUGUCCAUUUUGGAUGGAUCAGAUGAAGGGAUCUCAGCCUGGCUCACAGUGAACUUCUUACUGGGGGCUGUAGGGGGCACUACUGCAUCUGUGGGAACGCUGGACCUGGGAGGAGGCUCCACACAAGUGACCUUCAGCCCAAGUUCAAAGUUUGUGGAGUCUAUGUCCUCAUCUUCAGACUUCCAGAACCUCAGCCUCUUCACCUCCUCCUACAGCCUCUACACACACAGUUACCUGGGCCUGGGACUGAUGGAGGCGCGAGCUGCAGUUCUGGGACCCCCCUCUGCUCCAGGUGGCGGUGUCCUGCUCAGUCCUUGUAUGUCGCCCGGUGAAGUUGGGACGUGGCAGCAUGAUCACGUCUUGUACAGUGUGAGGGGACAGAGGACAGGUGAAGGCACAGAUGAAGGCACAGAUGAAGGCACAGGUUCCGUGUUCGAGGCGUGUUCUAGGCGUGUGCGCUCUAUUCUGAAGGACACAGUGAGAGCAGUGGAGCCACAGCAGCAGUUUUACGCCUUCUCCUACUACUACGACCGAGCAGUGGACAUUGGAGCCAUCGACGAAGGAAGAGGAGGAGAGGUGCGGGUCAGAGACUAUUCCUCUGCAGCUCAAAGAGUUUGUGCAGGUGAGACCCUGAGCCCCGACCUUAGUCCUCUCCUCUGCCUGGACCUGGUCUACAUCUCAGUCCUGCUCCAGGAACUAGGAUUCAGCCCAGACUCCCAGCUCAAGUUGGCUCGGCGGAUCAGAGGAGUGGAGACUAGUUGGGCUUUAGGAGCGACCUUCAGCUACAUGAACCUCUGAAGCUGUUAUUGUGAAAGGACUCUCCUCAGACUCUUAUUGUGAAAGGACAGACUGAUCGUGAAAGGACAAAUGUAUUAUUUAUUAUUCUAAACAUAUCCAAUCAGGAAGCCACUGUGACCUACGCUGGCGGCUGAUUGGUUGUUUUGUACUUCCAAAUCCUGUAAAUGUGAUCCACAGCAGUUGUCAAAUAUAUAUAUUUUUAAUCAGCGUAAAAACACAUUUAAAUGAUGAUGUAAUGAGCAGAAGUGUUUUGUGUUUGACUCAUCGUGACAGCAACAAGAAAGUGAGAGACUAAACUUAUUCAGAUCUGUUCAACCUGUUCAGAUUUUUAACCAUGUUCUAGUUGUUUCUUCUCAUUGAACCUCUGAAGUUGUAUUUGGAGUGAUUCAUGUUUGAUUAAUCUUUAAUCUCUUAUUUUCAAGAUGCCAUUUUGCCUCCACUGGUACACGCUGCUGUGAUGUGCGCACUUCCUUCUCCAGUUUUAUUUUCUUAAUCGGUGAUACUCGUAGGAUUCGGCUUUCAUUGGGCGCCACAGUUCUUAACAUUAUGAUUUAAAAUGUGUAGAUUAUAACAUAAUGAUCCACGGGAGUCAGAGAUUAUAACUAUAAAGACACAAGCACAAUAGGGCUGAUUUAAAGCCUCAAUAUGGAGCUUUUCUUGUUGGAUUAAACUUUUAUUUGUUUACACUUCUGUCUAAUGUGCCAAACGUUUCAAACAGAUCUCUAACAUCUGCAGAAGAAUGUACUUUCUGAAUGUAUUUUUGUGUCCCAUUUCACAGUUGAGUUUGUAAAUGUAACAUGAGGCUCCAGCGAUUAAUAUGAAUUUAAAACGUUUCAUAAAAAGUUUGGAAUAAAAUGGCAUGUGUUUGUAAAGU